AUGUCAAAAGACCAAUCUCUCCUCCUCCCAGACGGCCGCACCCUCAGCUACACCACAUUCGGCAUCACCCCACAACCGAACCAACCAACAAUCUUCCACUUCCACGGCCUCCCAGGCUCCCAUCACGAAGGCCAACCCGUUCAAGAAGAAGCCAUCAAGCGCAACAUCUGUGUCGUCGCCGUAACGCGCCCAGAUGUCCUUCACCUAGCAGACCACCUCAAAGUCCAGCGCUUCGCCGUGCUAGGAAUAUCCGGCGGUGCUCCGUGCGCCCUUGUAUGCAUCCACUCUAUCCCAGCACCACGGCUCGCCGGUGCGGCCAUCGUCUCCGGGAUGUUCCCGUCGGAGCUGGGUUUGGGCGGCAUGAUGCUCAUGAACCGCCUGCUCUUCAACAUUGCACCAUGGUCGCCAGGCCUCAUCGAGCUCAUUGCCGACUGGGAAGUCGGGAAGCUCGCUCGGGACUCAGAGCACCCGGAUAGGCUUGCUCAAUCAACGGCUGACGCCUUCAAAAGUCGUCCUGUUGAGGAUCAGGAAGCGCUGUAUGCCGAUGACGGCAAGAUCUUGCGAGUUCUCGAGCAGAGCACGCGUGAGGCAUUUCGUGUGAGUAGCCGUGGAUUUGCAUGGGAAGCGAAACUCUUCGGAAGUUCUUGGGGGUUCGACUUAAAGGAUCUAGUUGUUCAGGAAGGGAAGUUGGUUAUCUGGCAUGCGGGCAAGGAUGUCAACGUCCCAUUGCGGAUGGCCGAGGAGACAGCGAAGAUGAUUCAAGGCGCGGACCUCAGAGUCAUGCGGGAGGAGGCACACAUAAGCUUGAUCGCGCGUAUGAUGGGAGAAGUAGUUGGCACGCUUGCAGACAUAUUGGAGGCGUAA